AUGCAAUUUCGAUCUCUCCUUCUCUCUACCUUCGCGGUUCUUGCGUGGACUGCUCCAGCAAAGGACGAAGAACGUGGAAUCUCCAACGAGCUAGGGAUGGCAUACAAAGACCGCAACUACGAACAAAGACCCCGUGGGCCUUCGGAAGCUCAGGUCAAUGCCAUCCACGCUAGACAGGGCUAUCCUGAUGGUUACUACGAGGACGAAGCUUACGUCCCGCCAAGGUCCAAGAGGGAUGAAGUCGAAGAAGCCGAGGUCAAGGCUAUUCGCGCCAGGCAGGGUUAUCCCGAUGGCUACUACGAGGACGAGGCUUAUGUCCCGCCGAAAGCCAAGAGGGUCGCCACCGAGGAUGACAUGUAA